UUGAUUUCCGGUCUUCCCCUUCCAGCCGCCUUCGCCCACCGACGAGCCCUUGCGACACCGGCGGGAUCGGUGUGUCGAGCAACGUUAGCAUACUGAUCCUCAUCGAAGACGAUCCUGGAAUUUAUCAGGUGUGAUAAGCAAAUUGGAAAUGCAGGUUUCCAGUCUGCUCACCCAGAAUCUAGCGUCAGGCACUCGGUGCUCUCCAGGAUCUACUGAGGCCAUCCCAACCAUCCGUCAGUACAACACGAGGCAAAACGGACCCGCACACAACAUGCAGCCCCAAGCAGCCGACAUUACCAUGUCUGAGGUCUACCCCAGCACGGAAACUUCUCUUGCGCCAGACGCGCUCUCGUCCUUGCGGUCCUCGGAGCCCAAGCAUGUCAGUUUCGAACUGUUCCUCCCCGAGGCCCCGCAGCAUCGGGCUCGCCUCCCUAUGCGGGUGAACAUCUUCCCCCACGAUACAACCGAUUCAAUAAUUACGACAGUGAAGAACUUCUAUGGUCUCUAUGAACGAAGGGGUGUCAUAUUCCAAGACCACCAUGGCACUACUCUCAUUGCGCGCUAUGAGAAUUUCACUCACAAUAUGGUCGUCUAUGUUCGCGUGGCAGACGAGGAUCCUGAGAUGGAGGGCUACUCUCCAGGACCACGAGAGUCGAUGUCUCCACGUCGACCUCGCCUUGAGGAACCCUUCCAGAUGCUACCACCCUCGAACCACCACCAGCAAACGUUGAAGCUAGAAUCUCACACCGCAGGACGACAAAGUAACUCGCCUCAACCAGGACGCGGGCGUCGUAGCGCCUCGGUCAACACCAACACAAAACCGCGCGCCCGACCUGCCCCAAAGAGUCGCGGAACGAGUUCACACGGCAGCUUUGCAGAUCCCAAUGGAGACAUCAAUACCUACAGCGACAGCGACGGUGGCAAUGCUUCUGUCACCAGCUCUCGCCGUGGAAGAAAGGAGCAGGUUGCUAGUGCCGAAAUUAGUCUUGACAAUAUUGUCGAAGGCGGGCGUCGUAAGCGGGCCAAGUUUGACAGUUCUGAGCUACCGCUUUUUGUUCCUCCCCAGGUUCCUAUGACUGCUUCACUCUCGUCCAUCUCCCCACAGAGACGAGUGAGCAGUCACAACGGCGCCUCUCCCUACUACAGCAACCAGCAAACCUUCGCAUACCCUCACCCCCUUCCAUCUCCUCAGAGCUUUGGUCAAGGAGAUAUUUCUUGGACAAAUGGCUUGACUACUCCCUACUCGAAUUCGAGUGGCCAAGCGCAGGGGUACAGGUCUCGCACACGUGGCUCGGCUCAAUACGUUCCAUAUCGUCAAACCGGGAACACAGGCCUAGUUCUGCCGACUCCUGACCCUACUAUUGGUAGCGUCAUCUCUGACGAGGAUGUUGCGCGCCAGUUGAUGCGUCUUGGCGAUGCGUCUAAUUUUUCUUCCCACGGACGGACUUCAACGUCCACCCUUGACGAUGCUUUGAGUGGGAAGGCAGAAGCCGCCUCCUCCAGCGAUGAGAGCGAUGAGGGCAGUGAUGACGACGAACAAGACUUGCCUCCCUUGCCCUAUCCUCUGGGGCGUAGUGAUGGAAUCAACGGUGAGGCAGCUCCAACUUUUGACAGUGGCGACACGAGCGGCGAGGAAUAUGAGGACAACAGGGACGAUUCCUUCAAGGGCGAGAGCGACGAGGUGAUUCCUGAUGAGCAUCAAGGCCAGCAACCACAUCCGCUUGCUGUGAAGGCCCGUUCUUCCAUUUCUAGCAAGGGCAGCAAGCCUCCCAAAUCUCGUUCAGUGUCGAAGGGCAAGGGGAAACCGGGUGGUCCCUCCAAACAGCCUAUAUCUCCCGCCUCCUUGCCUCCUCAGUCGCGCAAAGCCUCUAGCGCUUCCGUUAACUUCCAGCAUCAGUUGGGUGCAGACGAAGAGGACCUGUCCAGCAAACCUCGCUGCCAGCGAUGCCGCAAGAGUAAGAAGGGAUGCGACCGCCAACGCCCUUGCCAGCGCUGCAAAGAUGCUGGUAUUGGCAUUGAGGGGUGCAUUAGCGAAGACGAAGGAAAUGGCAGGAAGGGACGAUAUGGCCGCCAUAUGGGUGUUCCAGUCAAGAAAAACCAAAUGGACCCGCCUCCAACCCCUGACAAUAGUAUUUCCACCGGGGUCACCACGUAUACCACUCUUGCAAAUGGUGCGAUUGAAAAAGGCAAGAAACGGAAAAGGUAGAAGAUUCCAGGCUCGUUUCGAUGUUGAGGAGUUACACAGUACACCUUCAGGUACACCUUACCGGGCCCUCAAAUUUUUUUUAAUCC